UUGCCAUGCCAUUCAAUUCGAUGUGAUGCCAGUAAGUAGUAAUAGACUGAGAUCAAAUAUUAAAUAAAAGACGGCAAAGAAAAAGGGAAGGCGCAGCUGCAACUCACCGACCGUCGUCCUCCUCCCGACGCGCGCCGCAAUGGUAGGCGAUUACUAGACUGCAUUUGCCACCCUCGAUCCGCUUCCAUCUCCCCAUCGAGAGGGCCGCCGGGGGAGUCGCGAUCGGAUCCGUCACUGCUGGCGGAAAUCGCCGCCCCUUCCAGACGGAGGAGGACGAGUAUUCACUUCUUGACGAUCCGGAUCGAUUUCGUCAGUACUCGAUUCGAUUGGGCGGGAGGAGCUUGAGGAGAUCUGAUUAUUUGAUCUAUGAAGCAAGGCACUUCGAGCUCGAGCUGAGAUUAGAUUUGUAAAGUUGAUCUGAGUUGUGUCUCCGGUGCCCCAUUUGUGGAUUGGAUCCAUGGAGUCGAGAAUGGAUAAGUAUGAGAUAAUGGAACAAAUCGGCCGCGGAGCCUUCGGGUCUGCGAUUCUUGUGAAUCAUAAGCAAGAAAAACAGAAGUAUGUUCUAAAGAAAAUCCGACUAGCAAGGCAGACUGAACGUUGCCGGCGAUCUGCUCACCAGGAGAUGUCUCUUAUCGCCCGUAUUCAGCAUCCUUAUAUAGUUGAGUUCAAGGAAGCCUGGGUAGAGAAGGGUUGCUAUGUUUGUAUUGUCACAGGAUACUGUGAGGGAGGAGACAUGGCUGAGCUGAUGAAACGAUCAAAUGGAACAUAUUUCCCAGAGGAGAAAUUACUAAAGUGGUUUGUCCAACUCUUGUUAGCUGUUGAGUACUUGCAUUCAAACUUUGUUUUGCACCGAGAUCUUAAGUGUUCAAAUAUAUUUCUCACUAAGGAUCAAGAUGUUCGCCUUGGGGAUUUUGGGUUAGCUAAAACUCUAAAAGCUGAUGAUUUGGCUUCUUCUGUUGUUGGAACACCCAAUUAUAUGUGCCCAGAGCUCCUUGCAGAUAUUCCUUAUGGAUUUAAGUCAGAUAUCUGGUCCUUGGGUUGUUGUGUGUAUGAGAUGGCUGCCCAUCGACCUGCAUUUAAAGCUUUUGAUAUGGCUGGUUUAAUAAGCAAGAUUAAUCGGUCAUCUAUUGGUCCAGUUCCUGCUUGUUAUUCUUCUUCACUAAAAGCUAUUAUUAAAGGCAUGUUGAGGAAGAAUCCAGAAAAUCGUCCAACAGCAUCUGAGAUUCUACAGCACUCUUAUUUGCAACCAUAUGUCAGUGAAUAUCGACCAUGUCCUGUUCCUUCAAGUGUAGACCAGUCACAUGAGAAGCCCGUCGCUACCUCACAUAAUAGUCAGAAUAUGUCUGAAAGCCAAAGCAGUAGUUUUUCCAGCAGUGAUAGGGACAGUUUGCACUCGGGGGACACCAAUUUUCCUGGUCAAAAGGUUAAUUGCCAUCAAAAUGAAGUUGGAAGGGACAAUGAUUCAACUGAUGAAAUGGGUUCGACCAAGUUCAUUCCCCUUGGUUCAUUGCAUAGGAAUGAUGCCUCCAAAGCUGUAUUAGAGAGAAACGAUACAUCAAAGUUGACACAUGUUGAUUACCAACCCAAAGUUGUGUCGAAGCAUUCAAAAGCCACGAGUAACAUACUGACAGUGUUAAAACAGGAAGGGAAAGUUAGAGAAAGUAGAUCCCCAAUGAGAGCAACACGAGUAAAAGUUGGUCCUUCAGAUCACAGGAUUAACCCAGAACCAGUACCUAAGUUGUCCAAGCCUGUUAGUGGCAGUUCAAUUUCACAGUCUAAUUCUGAAGGCCAAGCUGAUGUACCUACCAAAAGCAUUGAUGAACCUCCACAACACUCUUUCAACCAUAAAACUGAAAUAGAUGCAUCAAACAGGGUGUACAAGCCAGUUAGUGGCCAUCCGACUUUGAAAUCUAGCAUAGGACAACCUGAUGAACCUGCCAAGGUUAACGGUGAGUCUGAAAAAGGAGUCCAGACUUCACACAAAUUUAAGCAGCAGUUACCAAAAUCUGAAUCUGUUCCAAAGAUCAAGGCCCGAAAUGAUGGUGUUUCACUACCAGUUCCUGUCAAACAAAUAUCAGAAGAUAAAAUUCCUACCAAAAGGCAAAGGACUCCGCCUUCCAGUGUGUCAAAAAAGCCGAUCUUGCAUUCCAAGAAACUUGAUGUUGACAUUCGUUAUUCAUUUGAAAGUAGUGGGAUCAUAAAUGAUCCUACCCUACUAAAUCAGGGUACUGAUAUUUGUCCAGAGGACAGAUGCUUCCCUAAGAAACUUGAAAGAGAGGAUGAUCAUCUAGUUCCUUCAAGUCCAAUUGAAAUAAAUUUGGGUAAAUCAAGCUCUCCAUCUGUUCCAAGUCAAGAAUCUCCAGUAGCAGUUGUUGAAGUGCAGAAUGAAUUGUUUCCAUCAAGUGCUCCACAUAGUCCUAGUCAAGAUUCUCUCAGUACAAUAGUGGAGGGCCAGAAGAAAUGUUGUUCCCUGAAUAAAACACCUGAUUCUGCUGAGGAAAUCUUUCUGCCUGAAAUUUCAGAAUCAGAUAGGCUGGCAUCUUCAUUGUCUUCAUCUACAAAUGUGAGACUUGAUCAUUCAUCAGCCAAGAGUCAUGGGAAUGACAGUAAACCUAUUUUGAAUUUUGAAGUUAGUGCAGAGGACAUGCAGAACAGUACAUCGAGUAAUGACAUAAUGAGUUCAAGUUCAUUACUGGAGCCAACCUUUUCUAUCUCUGAACAAAAUGUUGUCUACAAAGAUGAUGUUUCCUCAGUCAAACCUGAGCAAAAUCCAAGUGUCAUGCGAAAUGGUGUCGACAAGUUUACAGUUAGAGAGCUCCUUUCUUCAAUGACAGAUAUCGUGCCAUUUGUUUCAACGACCGCUAAGAGCUCUCCUCUGGAAACUACUAGGACUCCUGUCCCUAUUGAUCAGACAAUGGAAAAGACGGCUGCACCUCACUUGACCCCAGUUUUUGAUGAAGUCAUACAUGUCAUUAGACACAGUAGUUUUCGAGUUGGUGGCGAUCAACCUAUCUUAGACAACAAGGAGAAAAAUGUUCAGAACAUUGACAUGGGAAAGCUACUUAACGUUGUGCCGGAUGAGGUAGAUACGAGGAGCAUCUCAACUGGCCUGAACCCUUCUGGAUUUGUUGAAAGUAUGGCUCUUAGAACAAAUGCUUCAGAAAAUUGCAGUAAGGACAGGCUCAGUAGCUCACAAACAUCAAAAUCAAGUGGUACAGAGAACCAAUUUGCUUCAUCUGAACACUGCCACGCUCCAAAGGAAGAGGAGGCUCCGGCUAAAGAAACGCUGGACGUGAACUCCUUCAGACAGAGAGCAGAAGCUCUUGAAGGGUUGUUAGAGCUAUCGGCGGAUCUUCUGCAGCACAAUAGACUGGAAGAGCUCGCUGUCGUUCUAAAGCCAUUUGGGAAGGACAAGGUGUCCCCUAGGGAAACUGCGAUCUGGUUAGCUAAGAGCUUUAAGGGGAUGAUGAGUGAGGAAGCCAAUCGCACGUCAUGAGGAUUGUAAAACAAAAUCCAUCUCCUUGGUUUGUUUCAUUAUCUUUCAGUCACAAGGAAAAAAAGCGGUCCACUCUCUCGCCCAACAUGGCGAUAAACGGUAAACCCCUUCUUUUCUUAACAAAUUUUUAGACUAAUUCUUUUUAAAAUCGUGUAUAUACAGUGUGCUUUGUCAAUGUCAGCAUAAUAAGACUCUUUUAACAAA